AUGAAUUGCCAAAAAGGGCUCACAUACCUGCGGAUAUUCGGCACCACUUUGUUCGGCGUGUCCCUCCUCGUGGGCAUCUCCACCGCUUACAUUAUGGGUUACCAGUUCUUCACCACAGCCCACAAUUACUUAUCCUUUGGCUUGUACGGCGCCAUCUUGGUUGUUCAUCUCAUCAUCCAGAGUCUAUUUGCACUGUUGGAGCACAGAAACAUGAAGAGAUCUUUGGAGACACCAAUCAAACUGAAUAAAUCAUUAGCGCUAUGCAUCGCUGCCUAUCAAGAAGACCCCAACUAUCUGCGGAAGUGCCUUGUGUCAGUAAAAAGACUGACCUACCCUGGGAUCAAAGUUAUUAUGGUGAUUGACGGGAACAAUGACGACGAUUUGUACAUGAUGGAGAUAUUCAAAGAGAUCAUGGGCUGGGAUAAAUCAGCCACAUUUAUUUGGAAGAGUAAUUAUCAUGCCAGAGGACCAGGGGAGACGGAAGAGAGCUACGCUGAGAGCCUGCAGCAGAUGUCGAGGGUAGUCCUCAACAACAAGUGUGUGUGCAUCAUGCAGAAGUGGGGAGGCAAGAGAGAGGUCAUGUACACCGCAUUCAAGGCACUGGGCCGCAGUGUGGACUAUGUGCAGGUCUGUGACUCAGACACUAUGCUGGACCCAGCCUGCUCAGUGGAGAUGGUCAAGGUUUUGGAAGAAGACCCAAUGGUGGGGGGUGUUGGGGGAGAUGUGCAAAUUCUGAACAAAUAUGAGUCAUGGAUCUCCUUCCUAAGCAGUGUGCGAUACUGGAUGGCCUUCAACAUAGAGCGGGCGUGCCAAUCUUACUUUGGCUGUGUGCAGUGCAUCAGUGGGCCACUGGGAAUGUACCGAAACUCCCUCCUGCACGAGUUCCUGGAGGACUGGUACAAUCAGACCUUUAUGGGAUCUCACUGUAGUUUUGGAGAUGACCGGCACCUCACAAACCGAGUGCUCAGUCUGGGAUAUGCCACCAAGUAUACAGCACGCUCCAAGUGUUUGACCGAGACACCCAUCACAUACCUGCGCUGGCUUAACCAGCAGACUAGGUGGAGUAAGUCCUACUUCAGAGAGUGGCUGUACAACUCCAUGUGGUUUCACAAACACCAUUUAUGGAUGACAUAUGAGGCUGUCAUCACAGGCUUCUUCCCUUUCUUUCUUAUUGCCACUGCCAUCCAGCUCUUCUACCAAGGAAGACUCUGGAAUAUUCUGUUGUUUCUUCUGAUAGUGCAGGCCGUGGCACUGAUCAAAUCCACAUUUGCCAGCUGCCUUCGAGGGAACAUAGUGAUGGUGUUCAUGUCUUUUUACUCUGUACUAUACAUGUCAAGUCUUUUACCAGCAAAGAUGUUUGCCAUAGCAACCAUCAACAAGUCUGGAUGGGGCACAUCUGGGAGGAAAACCAUUGUGGUAAACUUUAUUGGGUUAAUUCCCAUAUCAGUGUGGUUCACAAUCCUUUUCAUUGGGAUCAUUUACACUGUGGUCCUACAGACUAAGAAGCCCUUCCCUGAUUCAGAGAAAUUAGUUCUGGUCAUAGGAGCUGUAGUCUAUGCCAGUUACUGGGUCAUACUCUUGACUUUGUAUGCAGCGCUCAUAAACAAAUGUGGCAAGAGGAAAAAGGAGACACACUACGACAUGGUGUUGGAUGUAUGA